CCCCACAGAUGUCUGCAGCCAGUUGUCUGGGCACCCCACCACCAGAGGCCCACCAUGGGCCAGUGCUGGCAGCCCUGGUCUUGUUUGAAAAUGAAUACGGCUCCUUAACUGGGCCAGCCACCAAAUUAGAGCCCUUGCAUAGAGUAUCAUCUUGAGUAUGACCCUGACAUCAGCACUCGUUCCUGUCUCUUUUUGUCCCUUGCCUGGAAGGCACACACAGACAUGGUCAGUGCUCCUGCUGUCUUUUCCUAUAUCUCUAACCUGAAGGGCACCUUGGGGUCUACUAACUUUGGUCAGGGGCUCUGUUUGUGUGUGUGUUUAUGUGUAUAUGGUUUGAUUUUAAGUUUAUCUGGUGUGCUUUGUUAGGUAUUAAGACAACUUGUUGAACACGUUGCCUGGUCACUGUUCUUUCUCAGUAUGCCAUGUGCAAGAGGGCAAUGGCGGCGUGCUUUUUGCAUGUGGUCUCAACAUCUGUAAUAUCAUAAUUUCUUUGGACUUGGGCUGUUGAUUCUCGGCUACCUCAGAAUCCUCUGCUGUCACAAUUACUUUUUAUUGACGUUUUCUUUAUUUGAGUUUCUCAAAUAUUAAUUUGUAAUUAAUACUGUAUAGGAAAUAUUUCCCAUUAGUUGUGCUACUAACUUGGUUUGAAUAAUAAUGGAUUUUUUGCAUGUGGACAGAAAUUAAUCUGACUUGACCUCGAUGCAACACCUUUCCCCAGGUUUUCUUCUGUUAUGUCUUUCAUAUCUCUGAAGUGCACAGAAAUCUACAGUGCUUGCAUUAUUGGUCCAUGCAAUAAUAUUUUGUUUUUGUUUUGCUGAUACAGAAAUGCAGUAGUCAGCUUAUAAAGGGAGACUUAUACUGUGGAUAUACUGAUCCCUGUAAACAGAAUUUUCCACUGUUACUCUACAUGUGUUCUGAUGGCUUAUGAAUCUCGAUUGUCAUUCAAUUUCUCAAGACCGUCUCUUUGCCUGUAUUACAUGCCUGUAUUAGUCGUUAGUGUAUAGGCUGUUCAGCACACGGACACUCGUCUUUAGAAACCGUUACUUAAGCUCCGAGGCUGACAGGGCACACAACAUGGCCAUUCAUUAUCAGAAUACAGCCGCUGGGCCUCUCCCUGACAGCCGCUGGGCCUCUCCCUGACAGCCGCUGGGCCUCUCCCUGACAGCCGCUGGGCCUCUCCCUGACAGCCGCUGGGCCUCUCCCUGACACCUGUUCUUGGCACCGAGCUAGACUGGACAAGACGUCUGUCAUAAACACAUAGGAUGUGUGUGUUACUGACUGUAUGAAUGGGGAGGAGGGGGUUUGGGGAUUCUUCAGGGGUAUUACGGCACAGGCAUAGGGGUUUAAUGGCACAGGCAGGGAGCCCAGCCAACAGCAAGUUGCAGUAAUCCAGACGGGAGAUGACAAGUGCCUGGAUUAGGACCUGUGCCGCUUCCUGUGUAAGGCAGGGUUGUACUUUCCGAAUGUUGUGGAGCAUGCACCUACAGGAUCGGGUCACCGCCUUGAUGUUAGCGGAGAACGACAGGGUGUUGUCCAGGGUCACGCCAAGGCUUUUUGCACUCUGGGAGGAGGACACAACGGAGUUGUCAACCGUGAUGGCGAGAUCAUGGAACGGGCAGUCCUUCCCCGGGAGGAAGAGCAGCUCCGUCUUGCCGAGGUUCAGCUUGAGGUGGUGAUCCGUCAUCCACACUGAUAUGUCUGCCAGACAUGCAGAGAUGUGAUUCGCCACCUGGUUAUCAGAAGGGGGGGAAAGGAGAAGAUUAGUUGUGUGUCGUCUGCGUAGCAAUGAUAGGAGAGGCCAUGUGAGGAUAUGACAGAGCCAAGUGACUUGGUGUAUAGCGAGAAUAGGAGAGGGCCUAGAACUGAGCCCUGGGGGACACCAGUGGUGAGAGCAUGUGGUGCAGAGACAGAUUCUCGCCACGCCACUUGAUAGGAGCGACCUGUCAGGUAGGACGCAAUCCAGGAGUGAGCCGCGCCAGAGAUGCCCAACUCGGAGAGGGUGGAGAGGAGGAUCUGAUGGUUCACAGUAUCAAAGGCAGCAGACAGGUCUAGAAGGACAAGAGGAGAGAGAGUUAGCUUUAGCAGUGCGGAGAGCCUCCAUGACACAGAGAAUAGCAGUCUCAGUUGAAUGACCAGUCUUGAAACCUGACUGGUUUGGAUCAAGAAGGUCAUUCUGAGAGAGAUAGCAAGAGAGUUGGCUAAAGACGGCACGCUCAAUAGUUUUGGAGAGAAAAGAAAGAAGGGAUACUGGUCUGUAGUUGUUGACAUCAGAGGGAUCGAGUGUAGGUUUUUUGAGAAGGGGUGCAACUCUCGCUCUCUUGAAGACGCAGACAGCGGUCAAGGAUGAGUUGAUGAGCGAGGUGAGGUAAGGGAGAAGGUCUCCGGAAAUGGUCUGGAGAAGAGAGGAGGGGAUAGCGUCAAGUGGGCAGGUUGUUGGGCGGCCGGCCGUCACAAGUCGCAAGAUUUCAUCUGGAGAGAGAGGGGAGAAAGAAGUCAAAGCAUAGGGUAGGGCAGAACCAGCAGUGUCAUUUGACUUAACAAAUGAGGAUCGGAUGUCAACCUUCUUUUCAAAAUGGUUGAUGAAGUCAUCCACAGAGAGGGAGGAGGGGGGGGGGGGAUUCAGCAGGGAGGAGAAGGUGGCAAAGAGCUUCCUAGGGUUAGAGGCAGAUGCUUUGAAUUUAGAGUGGUAGAAAGUGGCUUUAGCAGCAGAAACAGAGGAAGAAAAUGUAGAGGAGGGAGUGAAAAGAUGCCAGGUCCGCAGGGAGUCUAGUUUUCCUCCAUUUCCGCUCGGCUGCCCGGAGCCCUGUUCUGUGAGCUCGCAAUGAGUCGUCAAGUUACAAAUAAAAAUGUGUAUAUGUUACAAAUUUGCAAAAUGUAUGAUAUGUUACGAAUUUUAGCUAGGUGGCUAGCUGGCUAACAUUAGCUAGGGGUUAGGGUUACGUUCAGGAGUUCGUUAAAGGGUUAGCUAACAUGCCAAGUAGUUGCAGAGUAGUUGAAAAGUUGCUAAAAUUGAAAAGUUGUUCGAACUCACAACCUUUGGUUUGCUAGACGUUCGCGUUAUACGCCCAACCCGACCAAUCACCCUCCUUUCGUUUUUGCCUUAAGUAACCAUCUCUUAUUUAACAUAUCAUAUUAAUAUGGGUGUCCUGGAUUGACAUUUACUAUGUUACGUCUAGUCUGAGACCAGGCUGGGCUUUAUGUUUUCCAUGGUGUUGAUAACAACUGUUAUUAGUUCAUAUUGUACUUGUUUUCACUGAUCAUAGUUCUGUUUAGAGCCAACAUCUAGUAACCCAUGUUUGAUACUUCAGAGAAGGAUGAUAUGAAUUCAACUGAAAUGUAAAAAAUAGACAGCAAAAUAAACUUUAACAAGAAUAAAGCACAGUAAUAACAUGGGGUUUUAGAGCCCUUGAAGCAUUAUCAGAAGUUUAUUGAUGUGUGCAUCUGUUUCUCUCCCUCCCAGUCUCACCGUAAAUUCCACGCGCCCCGCCAUGGGCACUUGGGCUUUCUGCCCUGCAAGCGCAGCAAGAAGCACCGGGGGAAGCCCCGCAGCUGGCCCCAGGACGAUCCCAGCCAGCCCGUCCACCUCACCGCCUUCAUGGGCUACAAGGCCGGCAUGACACACAUCCUGCGCGAGGUGCAUCGCACUGGCCUGAGUAUGUACAGCCUGCCUUACAGCAUGUCAUGGUUGGAUGAUAGUAUAAGUGAUAGAAAUGAUUUAAGAUUAGGAUAGAGCUAUAUGUGAAUCAGGAGUAAGAGCCAUGUGAGUAUUAGACCUGGUCCCAGAUCUGUUUGUGCUGUCUUGACAACUCUUGACAAUGAUCUCUGUGCAGAUGAUGUAUGAUGUUUUAAUUUCUGAAUAAUGGUGAUGGAAUCAAACCGCUGAUGCCAGAGAGAGAAAAUGUGACGAUGACCAUAGAGCCCAGCUCUGUUUUCUAUCCUAGUCAUCUUCCUCUGUUCUGUUCCGACAUUGAUAUUAUACUCUACCCUUUGUCGUUCCUCCUGUAGGCUACACACAGGCCAUUUGCCUUUAUAGUUUCUGUGGCAACUGACCCCAUCUCUGCUCCUCUCCCUCCCUCCCAACAGAGCAAGCCAAACGUGAGUCGGUGGAGGCAGUCACUAUCAUCGAGACUCCGCCUGUGAUGGUGGUGGGGGUUGUUGGAUACAUAAACACAGUCCGUGGCUUGAGGUCCUUCAAGACCAUCUUCGCCGAGCACCUCAGUGACGACUGCAAGCGCAGAUUCUACAAAAGCUGGUGUGUGGCAAUGAGCGUCUGGUGUGUGUGUGUCUUAUUGAAGUAUAGAGAUGUGACUAUGACCUCUGUGCAGAUGAUGUUUGAUGUUUUAAUUUCAGAAUAAUAGUGUUGAAAUCAAACCACUGAUGCCAGAGAAGGGGGGGGUGUAAAAUAACACUCAUGAUCAAGAGAUUGGUUUUCAAUCUCCACCCUGUAUGUAAACUCUUCCAGGUACAAGAGCAAGAAGAAGGCAUUCACCAAGUAUGCCAAGAAGUGGACAGACGAGAGUGGCAAGAAGCAGCUGGAGAAGGACUUUAAUAACAUGAAGAAAUACUGCACAUCCAUCCGAGUCCUCAUCCACUCUCAGGUACAUAGAACGCUCUUAUCAAUCAUGUGAUCCAACGGAAAUCCUCCACUCCUAUCCUCAUUGAGUUUCUAUUGGCUUGUGGUGAAUGAGUAACAGCUGGUGGUAUCCCUGGGGUUCACCCGUCUCCACCUCAAGGACCUCUCUUCAGAACGGGCACGGCUGUCUGAGUUAUAGCCUACCCAGAUCCUACCAGAACACAUGGCAACUGAAAGAAAGAAAAACUCCCUAAUCGCAAGGCCCCCGUUGUGAACAAAUGUCUUCUCUCUCUCGCACGUACACACGCAUGCAUGCAGGUACUAGAGUAUGGAGUUUCAAAUUACAGUUUAAAAAUACUCCUGUGAGGAGCAGAACCUUGACUGCACUUACAAACUUCCCUCGAGGGAAGCGUUGUGUUGGUACCAAACACUACUCAGUGUUACUGGUAGAAUUCAGGGUAUUAUGGUGUCUGUUUGUCGAAGCAUUUACAUUUUAGUCAUUUAGCAGACGCUCUUAUCCAGAGCGACUUAGUGAGUGCUUACAUAAUUUUUUUUUAAUCCCCUUUCAUACAGUGGUAUGAUGACUGUAAGAUGGGGAUAGAGCAAUGUGUAUGUUAAUCAUGUCUCCAGUGAGAGAAUUAGCCUGGUACCAGAUCUGUUCUAGCUGUCUUGACUAUUCCUAUGGUCAAUGUCACGUUUGGCAGAUGUUUUUUCUCUUUCUGCAGAUGAUAUAUGUUUUAAUUUCUGAAUAAUAGUGUUGGAAUCAAACCACUGAUGCGAGAGGAAAAAAACAUGAUCGUAGGCGUCAAGACCGCACAAACAGAUGUGGGACUUGGCUAUGAGAGAACAGAGACCUGACUGAGUCACAGGGUUAUGAUGAAUCACAGGGCUGUAGGAUGAAGUUGCCCCUAGACCGUGUGGUUAAAAUAUAUAUAUAUAUAUCUACACUACCGUUCAAAAGUUUGGGGUCACAUAGAAAUGUCCUUGUUUUCUAUGAAAAUAUACAUGAAAUAAAGCAAAAUUAAUAGCAAAUGUAGUCAUUGACAAGUUUAGAAAUAAUAAUUGUGUCCUUCAAACUUUGCUUUUGUCAAAGAAUCCUCCAUUUGCAGCAAUUACAGCCUUGCAGACCUUUGGCAUUAUAGUUGUCAAUUUGUUGAGGUAAUCUGAAAAGAUUUCACCCCAUGCUUCCUGAAGCACCUCCCACAAGUUGUAUUGGCUUGAUGGGCACCUCUUACAUACCAUACGGUCAAGCUGCUCCCACAACAGCUCAAUAGGGUUGAGAUCCAGUGACUGUGCUGGCCACUCCAUUAUAGACAGAAUACCAGCUGACUGCUUCUUCCCUAAAUAGUUAUUGCGUAGUUUGAAGCUGUGCUUUGGGUCAUUGUCCUGUUGUAGGAGGAAAUUGGCUCCAAUCAAGCGCCGUCCACAGGGUAUGGCAUAGCGUUGCAAAAUGGAGCAAUAGCCUUCCUUCUUCAAGAUCCCUUUUACCCUGUACAAAUCUCCCACUUUACCACCACCAUAGCACCCCCAGACCAUCACAUUGCCUCCACCAUGCUUGACAGUUGGCAUCAAGCACUCCUCCAGCAUCUUUUCAUUUCACUUCUCACAAAUGUUCUUCUUUGUGAUCCGAACACCUCAAACUUCGAUUCGUCUGUCCAUAACUUUUUCCAAUCUUCCUCUGUCCAGUGUCUGUGUUAUUUUGCCCAUCUUAAUCUUUUGUUUUUAUUGGCCAGUCUGAGAUAUGGCUUUUUCUUUGCAACUCUGCCUAGAAGGUCAGCAUCCCGGAGUCACCUCUUCACUGUUGACAUUGAGACUGGUGUUUUGCGGGUACUAUUUAAUGAAGCUGCCAGUUGAGGACCUGUGAGGCGUCUGUUUCUAAAACUAGACACUCUAAUGUAUUUGUCCUCUUGCUCAGUUGUGCACCGGGGCCUCCCACUCCUCUUUCUAUUCUGGUUAGAGCCAGUUUACGCUGUUCUGUGAAGGGAGUAGUACACAGCGUUGUACGAGAUCUUCAGUUUCUUGGCAAUUUCUCGCAUGGAAUAGCCUUCAUUUCUCAGAACAAGAAUAGACUGACGCGUUUCAGAAGAAAGUUAUUUGUUUCUGCCCAUUUUGAGCCUGUAAUCGAACCCACAAUUGCUGAUGCUCCAGAUACUCAACUAGUCUCAAGAAGGCCAGUUUUAUUGCUUCUUUAAUCAGCACAACAGUUUUCAGCUGUGCUAACAUAAUUGCAAAAGGGUUUUCUAAUGAUCAAUUAGGCUUUUAAAAUGAUGAUAAACUUGGAUUAGCAAAUACAACGUGCCAUUGGAACACAGGACUGAUGGUUGCUGAUAAUGGGCCUCUGUACGCCUAUGUAGAUAUUCCAUUAAAAAUCAGCAGUUUCCAGCUACAAUAGCCAUUUACAACAUUAACAAUGUCUACACUGUAUUUCUGAUCAAUUUGAUGUUAUUUUAAUGGACAAAGAAAUGGCUUUUCUUUUGAAAACAAGGACAUUUCUAAGUGACCCCAAACUUUUGAACGGUAGUGUAUAUAUAAUUUUAGAUUUUUGUGUGUAGGAAACAAACUUGAUAUACUUUAAAAUGAGUGAAACCAAAUCAAAACUGUAGAAAUAAUGGACCUACAUUCAUACAGUUUUUUUAAAUUGUCCAGCUUGUUUAUAAUCACCGAAAUUAAAGCUAGACAGAGGGAGCAUCAAAAAUGUAAAAAAUGAUGGAUAGAGGAUACGUUUUUGAAAAUUGACAGCAAGGAAAUAUUUUAUACAAUUCAAUGCGGCCUUCCGGACCUCGUUGUAGACCGAAUGCGGCUCCCAGGGAAAAAUGAGUAAGACAAACCUGCCCUAGACGCUGCUCUUCAGAUUUCCCCCACUAAUGGUUAGGAUUGGGGAAAGGGAAGCUGAUCCUAGAUCAGAGAUUGAAUCCUAGAAUAAAUAAUACUAAUUAUUCAGUGUGAAAGGGAAGGGAGCGGAGGCAUUAAAGUUGUGUGUGAAUCGUCCUGGCUUCUGUACCUUCAUAAUUGUCUCUCUAGAUUCGCCUGCUGCCCCUCAAAGCUAAGAAGGCCCACAUCAUGGAGGUGCAGCUAAACGGCGGCACCAUCUCCGAGAAGGUGGACUGGGUCAAAGAGAAGCUGGAGCAGCCCGUCCCUGUGUCCUCAGUCUUCUAUCAGGAUGAGAUGAUAGACGUCAUCGGGGUCACCAAAGGUCACGGGAUGAAAGGUAGGAGGUUUUGAGGUACAGGGUCGUCGGGGUCACGGUAGAAGAUGUUCAUAGGUACAGAUCUAGGAUCAGCUUCUCCCACUCAUCCGUUUGACAAUGACCUCUGUGCAGAUGAUGUAUGAUGUUUUAAUUUCUGAAUAAUAGUGAAGGAAUCAAACCACUGAUGCCAGAGAUCUUUUGUUGUUGACAAUGACCAUAGGAGUUGGCACUCACCCCGGGGAUGAGUGGGAGAAAUCUAUAUGGACAUUAAUAACAUGGCAAUACCAUUGGUUAUAAUAUCUCCAUAGACAUGUCUCUAGGUCAAACAGAAUGGCUCAGAAAGACCCAGAAUUUUUCUUCUUGCUAAUAAUAAUCAUUAGUAAAAGAUGCAUGUCAAUGUCUGCAGGCCGACGGUAUAGUACCAUUCAGCUAUUAUGUUAUAUUGGCUGGUCCUGUGGCAUAACUAAUUUCCUAUUGGUUUUCUACUGAUUUUCCUAUUGGUUGUCAGGUGUGACCAGUCGUUGGGGAGUGAAGAAGCUGCCCAGGAAGACUCACAAGGGCCUGCGUAAGGUGGCCUGCAUCGGAGCCUGGCACCCUUCCCGUGUGGGCUACACCAUCGCCCGGGCCGGCCAGAAGGGCUACCACCACCGCACAGAGCUCAACAAGAAGGUCAGCAGCACCAGGGUUCUAGUUGAGAUAGGCGUAUGAAAUUCAUCAUUUGACCAGAUAUUGUGAUUUGACCAGGUGUUCCUUGAAAAAUAGGUGUUUUGACCUCAAAGGGGCUACAUUGUAAAAUCGUUUUCUUCAUACUUUGUUAAUGAACGAUCUGUGUGAAUGUUUGAGUUGCGUGUACAUAACUGGAACUAGUUAGGGUUCUGUUGUAGUUGUAAUUACGUAGAGGUUGAUACUGUACUGGUUAGACUAAGGGUGAUUCACCACCAUCAUGCUGUUUCAGUGUUUUACUCUGUCUACAGAUCUACCGUAUUGGCAAAGGGGUCCAUGUCCAGGAUGGCAAAGUGAUCAAGAACAACGCCUCCACUAACUACGACACCACCCAGAAGACCAUCACCCCCAUGGUAAUAUAAUAACACCACCCCCAUGGUAAUAUAAUAACGUCCUAAUAAUGUUAUUGACAUGAGCCUGGAAACGAUGUGAUAUAACAUGGUAACCAAUCUAAUUCUUACUUUUGGUUAAUGACGUGAUGCAUCCUCUGCUUUCGAUCACCAGCUUCUUCUGGUGAUGCCACCCUGUAAAGGAAAGCCUAGAGCCCUGACAUGCAAGAUGGGUAUAUGGCUGAUAUUAGAGUGCAAUUACUGGCUAUGUAUUGCAGGUUGUGGCCAUUAAUGCGGUGUGCUACUCCCGUUUCAUCUGUAUUAAUAUUAUUCACCCAUCCUCUUCCUCUGUCUCCUGUUGUCUGUCUGUAGGGAGGGUUCCCCCACUAUGGUGACGUGAAAAAUGACUUCUUGAUGCUGAAGGGCUGUGUGAUCGGCUGCAAGAAACGUGUCCUCACCCUGAGAAAGGUACAGUGCCUAUGUGUUUAGAGGAGUGAAACGCAUAAUUUUGAUGCCAAACGUGACAACUACCUCUGUGCAGAUGAUGUAUGAUGUUUUAAUUUUUGAAUAAUAGUGAAAGAAUCAAACCGCUGAUGCCAGAGAGAGAAAAACAUGACCAUAUGAGUUGGGGAUGCUAAAGCAUGAGACAUUUGACCGUGUGUUGAACUCUAACCACUUGUGUGUGCGCGUGCUUCUCUCUCACAGUCCAUGCUGGUGCACACAUCACGCAAGUCCAAGGAGACCAUCGACCUCAAGUUCAUUGACACCACUUCCAAGUUUGGCUACGGCCACUUCCAGACCGCCCAGGAGAAGAGGGCCUUCAUGGUGGGUACCGGCCUGGCUGUGGAUGGUGGGAGUGAGCAGAAUCAUUGUAGGGGGGAGUGGGACUGAUAGACAUUGUUAAUGAUAUAGUGGGACUGAUAGAGGAUGUUAGUGAUGGAGGAGUGGGACUGAUGGAGGAUGUUAGUGAUGGAGGAGUGGGACUGAUGGAGGAUGUUAGUGAUGGAGGAGUGGGACUGAUGGAGGAUGUUAGUGAUGGAGGAGUGGGACUGAUGGAGGAUGUUAGUGACGGAGGAGUGGGACUGAUGGAGGAUGUUAGUGACGGAGGAGUGGGACUGAUGGAGGAUGUUAGUGACGGAGGAGUGGGACUGAUGGAGGAUGUUAGUGAUGGAGGAGUGGGACUGAUGGAGGAUGUUAGUGAUGGAGGAGUGGGACUGAUGGAGGAUGUUAGUGAUGGAGGAGUGGGACUGAUGGAGGAUGUUAGUGACGGAGGAGUGGGACUGAUGGAGGAUGUUAGUGAUGGAGGAGUGGGACUGAUGGAGGAUGUUAGUGAUGGAGGAGUGUAGGUAAGUGAAGGGAAAGGCUAGGAUUAUGUAGGGACAGAGUAGGUUGGGGUGGAGGCACUGAAGCGUUUGUGUAAAGGGGGACACCCUGUAUCGAAAGUGACUAUGGCAUGACUGUUGUCCUAGUCAUUGAUAGUACAGGAAUAGUGAUGAAAGAUUUUCCCGUGUUUGUUGGAAUACCUGUUCCUGUCAAACCCUGUAUCUUUCAAACAUCUUCCACAUCUACAACAAUCAAUACUUUUAAUGUGUAAAACAUUGUGCUCAUAUUAGACUCGUUUUCACUCAUCUAGCAAAAAAUGCUUUUGCUUGAGCCGAUGGUUUGAUCUAAUGCUGUGACAAAUUGGAUGUGUAUUAGCUGGAUUCUGGAAUGUGCUCUCAGAAGAAAAAGGUACAGGGAAUUGAGAUGUGGAAUUAAAGGGAUGUGGACUGGAUCUCCCUUCGACGUCCCAACUGGCACCCAUUGGGCUCUGGUCAAAAGUAGUGCACUAUAUAGGGAAUGGGAUGCCAUUUGGGACGUAACCCUCUAUCUCAGCUGGGUGAACCUGUUGCUUUAAUACUGGACUUCUGUUGACCCUGCUGUGACCUCUGACCUACAGGGCCCACUGAAGAAGGAUGUGCAGAAGAAACUGCCCGCCGAACCAUUGCCAGAGGAGGCUUAGAAGUGAUGGUGGUCCACCGUUCAAACCAGCUCAACAGAAAAACAAAUUCUUAUAGUAACAGUCUUCUAAUAAAACAGUCUUAUUUAUCCAGGUGGUGUUUGGCUGUUCUGUUCAAAUAAGUUUCCGCUUUAGUUUAGACUUGGCCCAUGUCCCAAAUGUCACCCAUAUAGUCAACUACUUUUGGCCAGGGCCCAAAUGGCAUCCUAUUUUCUAUAUAGAAUGGGGUGCCAUUUGGGACAUCAAUUUGGGUAAGUGACUAAUGGUGGCACAGUGAUGUGGGUAAACUGGUCGCAGGGAAAAAGUAACUCUCCCUAUACUUUCAAUGCAUUUCCCCCCCCAAAAAAUAUGGGUAAACUGAGUUUACUUGUGGCUACCCUCCAUUACACCAGUGGUGGCACACAAUCAUUUGUGUGGGACAUGGUUAAAAGCGGAAGUCAAAUUUCGGGUUGGACCUUGUAUGCAAUUGACCAAUAAAGAUAUCUUAA